AGUUUCCAUGCGAGAACGAGGCGCAUUGACGUCAUCGGCCGUUUCCGGUGGGCAGCCGUCCAAACGGUCCGAGCGUCUGAGAGAAUAAAGAGUUGUUUUCCGCCUCUGAAUAACGGAGCAGCGCAGAAGCCGAGUCGCGUUUAACAGACUCGGUCAGAGGUCAGAUCCAGCGGUCAGCAUGGCGUCCGGCAGCGUGAGCGGCGAGGAGGAGAAGAGUCUGAGGGAGUGUGAGGUGUAUGUUCAGAAGCACAGCGUCCAGCAGCUGCUGAAGGACUGUAUCGUGCAGCUCUGCACCUCGCGGCCCGACAGACCCAUGGCCUUCCUCAGAGAAUACUUCGAGCGGCUCGAGAAGGAGGAAGCUAAGCAGCUGCUGAGUCAGAAGAGCAGCUCCCGCUCAGACUCUCGUGAAGAUGAGGUGUCUCCUCCCAUGAACCCCGUGGUGAAGGGCCGGCGGCGGAGAGGAGCCAUCAGCGCUGAGGUGUACACCGAGGAAGACGCCGCCUCCUACGUCAGGAAGGUGAUUCCUAAAGACUAUAAAACCAUGGCGGCUCUCGCCAAAGCCAUCGAAAAAAAUGUGCUCUUCUCACAUCUGGACGACAACGAAAGAAGUGAUAUAUUUGACGCAAUGUUUCCAGUCACCUACAUCGCAGGAGAGAUUGUCAUCCAGCAAGGUGACGAGGGAGACAACUUCUAUGUCAUCGACCAAGGAGAGAUGGAUGUGUAUGUGAACAGCGAGUGGGUCACCAGCAUCGGCGAGGGAGGCAGCUUCGGAGAACUAGCUCUGAUCUACGGCACCCCGAGAGCCGCCACGGUCCGAGCCAAGACCAACGUCAAGCUCUGGGGCAUCGACAGAGACAGCUACAGGAGAAUACUGAUGGGAAGCACUCUGAGGAAGAGGAAGAUGUACGAGGAGUUCUUGAGCAAAGUAUCUAUUUUAGAGUCUCUGGAUAAGUGGGAGCGCCUGACCGUGGCUGACGCUCUGGAGCCGGUCCAGUUCGAGGACGGACAGAAGAUCGUGGUUCAGGGAGAACCGGGAGACGAGUUCUUCAUCAUCCUGGAGGGCUGUGCGGCGGUUCUGCAGCGCAGGUCAGAGAACGAGGAGUUCGUCGAGGUCGGCCGGCUAGGACCCUCAGACUACUUCGGUGAGAUCGCCCUGCUGAUGAACCGGCCCCGCGCUGCGACGGUGGUGGCCCGCGGCCCGCUCAAGUGCGUCAAGCUGGACCGGCCUCGCUUCGAGCGCGUCCUGGGCCCGUGUUCAGACAUCCUGAAACGCAACAUCCAGCAGUACAACAGCUUCGUGUCGCUCUCCGUCUGAGAACCCUCUUCGUCUCCACCUCGCGCUUCAUUCAGUCCAGAGCUUUAACGGCCGCUUUCACCGCCGGACGCUUAGAGCCAAACCAAAGGACAGACAAUCCAACCCAGUCACAGCCUUUACUCUGCAGUGUUUUUACCUUUAAUUCCGAGCAGUAAAGGAAAACAAUAGAGGAGUAUGAAUAUAUUUAUAGUAGAGUUAUUCUGAAACCGUUUUACCCUCACAGACCAGGUUAGUUUUUUAAGACUAGUUUUAUAAGAUGAACUGCCUCCACGUUUAACAGAGUGAUGUUUGGCUGUGCCGCUUCUGUUCUUCAAGCCUUACUGCCUCGUUUCCCCUCCUCUAUCGCAUCGUUUUAUUUCUUCUCAUCAUUCCAGCACACUUUGCGUUCGGUUGCUUGUCGUGAGGCCGUCCCUGUGCAGUAUCUAUACGUUUAGGGUUCAUUGGCUGGUCAGAUUGCAAAACCGACAACUAGGAGAAAACCCGAAUCGAGAGUAGCCUGUGUUGUGUUACGACGCCAGUGCCAAACGUUGCACAGAGCCUCGCUUCUCUCCCGGAGGCGAGCGCGGCAGAGUUCAUUUAAUCCGUGAACGAGCUUUGGGCUCAGAAUGCUUCAGUGUUUGAUUCCUGUCAGUAUAUGCUGAGAGAUGCCAGUUUUAUUUUUUAAUACGGUUAUUUUUCCACAGUCGCGUGUCUCCGUUUCAAGUGUUUCUGCGGUUGUUCUUACAGACGUCUCUCUGGGGUGAAUGGGUGCCGUCAGAACGUCACACUGAACCACAGCGCUCCAGUCCAGCAUCUGGGGAACUAAUCCGGUCUUAGGACGCUUUUCACUUAAAUAUGACUCUGGUGAAAAAAAGUGCAUCUGCUUUCAUAUCAAAAGAUAUCUUUUUAACAGUUUUGGAUCUCCGCAGAUUUCUCUCCUGAUUCAGAAAAGAUAACUUUAUAUUACUGAUAGCGAGCGUUUAGCUGGAAGCAUUAGUUAAAAGUUAAAAAUGUUUGAUCUUCUGUCUUCUCCGGGUGUUCAGCGAUGGACCGCAGUGCUGUGGUUUGUUCUGAUGUUUUUAUCAGACUCUCAUUCUGACGGCACCCAUUCACUUCCAUUAAUGAAUUUUUUUUUCUAUAAAUCUGACGAAGUAACAAACUCAUCCUGAUCUGUGAUCAUGUGAGGGCGAACUGUUCCUUUAAACGAGCUUGCAGCAGUUUUAAUGUUGGAAUGAAAGACAGAAACGAUUAAUAAAUUAGGUUUUGACGUCGAAGCCGAGGCCUCUGGUUUCUAGUUUAAAAACAGAAAAUGAAAUCCAUUCCGCUCACGGCGUCAAUACCUUUCAUAUCUUUCCAUGAAAAUCCUACAAGAGGUUAUUUUUCCUUUCAGAUCAGCGAUAUGUUGCUCGCAUGUCCGUUUUCCGAUCCAGAGCAAUCGUUGCUUGAUCCUCUUCGCUCCUUGUUUUAGUUUUUGAGAAAUGCAUAUUUAAAAGGUGCGACACGAAGCAUUUUCAACCUCUUUCAGCUUCAUCUUGGCUUGUGUUUUCUAUGAGUGACUGAUGAAUGAGCUUCGAUGCUGAGAUGUUUCUGCUAGUUAGAGUCGAGCAGCUGAUCUUUGGCGGACCACCCAUGAUGUUUGAUUCGUCGAUGUCGCCCAGAUUCCAGAGAGUUCUGUACAAAAAAACAGUAAUCAUUUUGGUAUCGAUCGUCCGAAUGGCAGUUUAAGCAAUAAAAAGGUUGUUAUUGAACCAUCAAAUGCAGACACGUCCUCUCAUUGUGUUUCUGUUCAGCUGUGGUGUAGGAGACACAAGAGGGCAGCGUUCCACCGAGAGAAAACCUGACUGAACGGAGCUAUAUUUGCUGUAACAGGAUCGUGUGGCGUAUUGAAAAAACCUAUUAAAGUUGGUGUUUGUUUUUGGUGUUUUGAUUA